AUGAAUUAAAAAAGACAACACGAGGAAUUUGUUGAAAAAUUGCCUUGGGAUGAAUUUAUGCAAUAUAUUCCUAUCGUUGGAGCAAGUUUGACUGUUUUAUCAAUGAUAUUUGAAUAUAAUAUAGUUGUAGUUACAAAUCUAUUGACUACUGGGAUGUGGAUUUAUUAUUUAUAGAAAUCAAAAAAAGAGAUGUUAAAAUAUUAUAAAAAAGAAAUGCAAGAUAUAGUGAGUAAGAUAAUAGAUACUGAGCCAAGAGUUUAAAUAGAAAUAAAAAAGUUUAACUCUAUAUAGAGAAAUACUUAAGCAUAUUUCUAAUUAUUUAUAUUUACUUUUAUUUUUUAGAUUCUAGCUUUAUACUUAGCGUAUUCAGAAGUAUUAACUUAUAAAGUAAUAAAAUUAUCUACAAUAAAAGAAUCCUGUGGAUUUGGCUUGUUAUUCUUUACUGUGUUUGUUUAUAUUUUUAUCAAAUCGUCACUUUGAAAGUAGAUACCAAUCUGAAUAAAAUAGAGACUUAAUGCUUUAAAUAAGAGUAUUAUAAGGUGGAUUGUUAGUGUUAUCAAUUGUGAUGUCUAGAUAUGCAAUUUAAAAAAUGGAUGACUUUUACAAUUAAUUUGUAGCAUUUGGUCUAUUGUUUUAUUCAGCAUUAUUUAGUUCAUAUACUUUUCAUCGUUAUGGAAAGACAAGCAAGAAAUCAUUCACUUUGUUAUUAGUAGGUGCAGUAUUUCUUUUUUUAAGCGAUUCAUUGAAUAUAGUAUUAAAAGUUUAAAGGAAAGAAUUAUUUGAAUUAAGAGUAUUAAAUAUCGAUAUAAAUAAUAUAGGCAAGUGCAAACGUAUUGUAUCAUGUUGGUUACUAUUUUAUGGUUUGGAGCCUCUUUCUUCAUGCAAAAGCAUAUAAUGAUCAUUAUUUAUUAUUACUGAGAAUGAAGAUGAAUAUUUGA